UACAUCCGGUUUUGACGUAAAUAAAUUGCAGAUGGAAAAUGUCCCACCAAACUUUACUUUACACUUUUGUUCUUCUUGUGUGCAUUUUAAUAACUUUUGCAGAAAAUCACCUUUCUUCUUUUAAACCUGACACUUCUAGUUAUCACCAUUAUGACGAGCUGUCGAAGUUUCUACAGGAUAUGGAGAAAAAAUAUCCACAUAUUGCCAAACUCCAUUCAAUAGGAAAAAGUGUUUUAAAGAGAGACAUGUUAGCUCUUCAGAUAACUGACAAUAUAACAGAUGUAGAACCUGGCGAGCCUAUGUUUAAAUAUGUUGGAAAUAUGCAUGGAAAUGAGGCUGUUGGCAGAGAAAUUCUUAUUUAUCUUAUUCAGUAUUUAUUAGAAAAUUAUGAAAAAGAUGACAGGGUUACUAAACUAAUAAAAAAUACUAACAUCUAUAUAAUGCCAACAAUGAACCCUGAUGGUUUUGAAGAAGCACGUUUGGGUGAUUGUAAUGGUGUUAUUGGAAGACCAAACCAUCGCAAGGUAGAUCUAAAUAGGAAUUUUCCAGAUCAGUUUCGUAAACACAACCCUGUAGUUGAACCAGAAACAAAGGCAAUGAUCGAUUGGAUUGAGAACAACAAAUUUGUUUUAUCUUCUAAUCUCCAUGGAGGGAGUGUAGUGGCCAGUUAUCCUUUUGAUGAUACAGCUGCACACAGAGAUGUUUAUAGUCCAGCUCAAGAUGAUGCCAUGUUCAAACAUCUAGCAAGAGUUUACUCAAGUAACCAUAAAACAAUGCAUAAUCCUGGACAAUGUGGUGAUAAUUUUAAAGAAGGAAUUACAAAUGGAGCAGAUUGGUAUGAUGUACCAGGAGGAAUGGAGGAUUACAACUAUCUUCACAGUAACUGUUUUGAGAUAACAAUAGAAUUGUCUUGUUGUAAAUAUCCAGCUGUUAACAGGUUAGCCAUAGAAUGGGACAACAACAAACAAUCUUUAAUGACUUAUAUGGAAGAGGUACAUAAAGGUGUAAAGGGGUUUGUUCGUGAUGAUUCCACUAAAGCUGGUAUACCAGAGGCUGUGAUUAUGGUGGGAAAUAUCAAACACAACGUAACAACAGCAGGAUAUGGUGAUUACUGGAGACUUCUGGUGCCUGGAAAAUAUGAAAUCACAGCUGUAGCACCAGGAUAUGAGAAAGAAAGUAAAUCAGUUGAAGUUAAAGAUGGACCAGCUGUAGGUAUUGACUUCAACCUGAAAAAAAUUAAGCAGGACACAGAACCAGAGAAAGCAGCUGAAAUCAAAUCGGCUGCUGAAGCAAAUAUGCCUAAAGAAGCUGACACUCUAGAGGUUCUAGUGUGUCAUGUCAACAAGCUUAGGGAUGCAUCACAUAGGGAAAAACUUACAUUUAUAGAACCAACAGAAUUCAAACAUCAUCACUAUAACGACCUUGAACAAUUCUUAAAGAAUAUUUCUCAAAAAUAUCCAGAAAUUACAAGAUUGUAUUCCGUUAGGAAAUCUGUACAAGGGAGAGAACUUUGGACAAUUGAAAUUACAGAUAAUCCUGGAAAACAUGAACCAGGUGAACCUGAAUUUAAGUACAUUGGUAAUAUGCAUGGUAAUGAGGUAGUAGGUCGUGAGAUAUUACUAAACUUGGUUCAAUUGCUAUGUGAGAAUUAUCAACAUAACCACUUCCUGUCGCUGAUGGUAAACUUUACGAGGAUACAUAUCAUGCCCACAAUGAAUCCAGACGGCUAUGAAAAAGCUCAGGAAGGUGAUAUGAGAAAUGUACUGGGACGACCUAAUGCCCAUAAUAUAGAUCUGAACCGUAACUUUCCUGACCAGUUUGAAAAAACAUUCAUUAAUGGUCACCAAGAACCAGAAACUGUUGCAGUGAUGAAUUGGGUUCAGUCUUUACCAUUUGUUUUAUCUGCCAAUUUACAUGGUGGCUCUCUGGUGGCUAAUUUUCCAUUUGAUGAUACAAAGGAAGGAACAACAACAUACAGCAAAUCAGCUGAUGAUGCAACAUUUAUUCAGAUUUCAGAGGCUUACUCACUGGCCCAUUCCACAAUGCAUUCAGGCCAUCCAUGCCCUUCUAGUAGUAGGGAAUACUUCAAAGAUGGAAUUACUAAUGGAGCCAAGUGGUAUAAUGUAGCAGGUGGCAUGCAGGAUUGGAAUUACCUGAACACUAACUGUUUUGAGAUCACAAUAGAACUUGGCUGCUAUAAAUAUCCCUGGGCUAAAGAUCUGAAGUCCUAUUGGACUGCCAAUAAAUAUGCCUUACUAGUGUAUAUGGGGCAGAUACAUAAAGGUGCAAGAGGGUUCAUCAAAUCUAAAGAGUCUGGAGAUCCAAUAGCCAAUGCUACCAUUAUGGUGACUGGUAUUGAUCAUGCUAUAACUUCAGCAGAAGAUGGGGACUUCUGGAGGUUGCUCUCCCCAGGAACAUAUGAAAUCACAGCCUCAGCUCAGGGAUAUUCAUCACAAUCACAGCAAGUUGUUGUCACAUUUGAUGCUGCUAUUAAUGUGAACUUUACUUUGGAGAAAGAUUCUAUUAUCUCAUGGUCCAAAGGAAAAGACUUUGACAUCAAAGAAAAUAUAGAAAAUACAAAAUAUCUGAGUCAUACAGAAAUGGAUACUGAACUUGAAAAAUUAGCCAAUGAAAAUAAAGCAAUUAUGGAAUAUAAAAUUAUUGAGAAGACUCCCAAAGGAAACUCCGUACCAUUGGUUCAUCUUUCUUCAAAUCUAACCAAUCAUGAGGCUGGAAAACCUCAUGUCCUGCUGAUUGGUGGUCUCCAUGGUAAUGAAACUGUUGGUGCAGAGUUGUUGAUGAGAUUUGUCAGACAUCAGAUAACAGGAUACAAGCAGAAAAACAAUGAAACCCUGUCAAUGUUCAAUGAAUUCCAUAUCCAUAUCAUACCUCACCUUAACGUAGAUAAUGUAGAUACAAACCCAGAUUGUAAAACAGAUGUCAGUCUUGAUACAAUGGAACAUGUUAACAUGACGAGUCACAUUGUUAACAUCUUGUUGAGCCAGAUGAAAGAACAUAAAUUUAGUACUGUUCUGAGUUUAGAUAGUGGUGGACUUUUUAUGGUAUUACCAUGGCAACAAAGUAGAGAUGGAGUAGCAGUGACUCCAGAUGAUGAAAUAUUUCAGUUACUUAGUCGUGGUUACACAGAAGCUUAUCCAGACAUGUACAAAACAGAUGUCUGUAAAACAUCUAGAUCACAUGGAAUAUUCCAUGGUGCUGAUUUUGGAACAGGAUCAACAGGAGUUCUUGAUAAAAUGUACAUGGAUUACCGCAGUUAUAUGGUAUCUGCACAUAUAAGUUGUUGUAGAGUACCAGAAGGGAACCAGCUUGGUCAUAUUUGGAUGUCUAAUUUACAAUCAAUUAUGAACUUUAUACACAGGUCAAAACAAGGUGUAUAUGGGAUUGUUUAUGAUGAUAAAGGUAAACCAAUUGGUGGAGCUACUGUUAAAAUUAAUGAAAAAGAGACUGGUUUAUCAACCAAUGAAAUGGGAGAGUUUUAUUCCAUUCUGACAGAGGGAAAACACAACCUUGAAGUUGCAGCCCCAGGAUAUGAACCACAAACACAGCAGAUUAUAAUUAAACCAUAUAACACAUCAAAGAUCAUGAUUGAUUUGAAUAAAGAAGUAGAGAAAAUAGAUUACCACAGACCAUUAGAGAUGAUGUCAGCUCUCAGGAAUGUCACCAAAAACUGUUCUAAUAUCAUGACAUUAGAGAGUCUUGGUAAAACACAAGAAAAGAGAGAUGUAUUGAUGUUGAAUAUAGGUCACAAAGAUAACAAAGAGAAAUUUGUAUCACAUGUUCUGAUGUUAGCUGGUAUCCAUGGAAAUGAAGCAGUCGGUCCAGAACUUUUGCUGCAGAUUGCAAUUGACAUAUGUGAAAAUAACGGAAAAGAUUUUAUGAUUUCUAAGAUGUUUGAUACUAUGGAGCUACACAUUGUGCCCAUGUUAAACCCAGAUGGCGCCAGGAUAGCUACUGCUGGACAGUGUUCUGGUCAACAUGGGGUCACUAAUGGCAAAAAUAUUGAUCUUAAUACUAAUUUUCCAAGUAUGUACAGUAACAAUACAAGUGGGAGUCAGAGAGCUGUAGAGACCAAACUUUUAAUGUCCUGGAUGGAAAAACACCAUCCCAGUGUCACCAUUAUACUCAAUGGAGGAUCUCAAAUUAUAACACACCCAUACUACUCUAAAGGGCAGACAGACAAAAAAUUUGGCACUGUAGAUAAUGCAGCCACUGCUACUUUGGGAUCUGCUUUUAUCAAACAUCAUGAGGCCCUGAAAUCUGGACUGUUUGGUUGUAACAAUACUGGUGAACAUUUCCCAGCCGCUAUAGUACCAGCUAGUGCCUUACACUCUCAUGAUGGCAGCUUACUUGACUAUGCCUUUGAUUAUAUUGGAUCAGUUGCCAUGGAGAUAUACACAGGAUGUUGUGACUACCCUGACGGACAUCAACUACUUCAGUCUUGGCAUCAGCAUCGCCAGCCUCUUCUUCAUCUUCUGAAUGAAGCAGGACGAGGGUUUACAGGAGUGGUACAAAACAAAGAAGAACAAAGACCCAUGGAAAAUGCAACAGUCACAAUAAAGGGAUCUUCUAGAAACUUUUCUGUUGAUGCUCAAGGUCGUUUCCAUGUCUAUCUUCCUCCAGGUCAUUAUGACCUUGUAUUCCAUUGCCAUGGUUACCAAGAUUUUACACAAAAAAUCGUAGUAUCAAAGAAUUUUGGAGAAGAGAAAUCCUCAAGCAGGGUAGUGUUUUUAGAGAAAGAAGAAAAUAUUUUAGGACUAUCUCGUGCAAAAGUGAUGAUGGUUAUUGCUGUUGUAGUUUUAGCAAUAGUCAUACUGGUAACCAUGGCGAUGUGUGUCAAAAGUCGUUAUACACCACAACACAAAGGCUUCAGCAAAAUACGAUUUGACGAUGACGAUGAAGAAGACGAUCACUUUGACCAGCCAGUCAAAAGCAAAUUGCUUAACGGAAGAUUUGAAUAUCACGAUGAAAGCUCGGACGAGGAAAAUGUUCAUGAAUUGUAUAACAAAAGUUUGUUAAAGAGUCAGCAUUGAUUGCCUUAUAAGUAGCUGUACUUAUUUUCAUAAUGGUUUUAUUGUGUAUUUUUAAAUAUAUAUAUAUAAAUGCAUAUCAAGUCAUAAUUAUGCUGUCCUCUGUAAGCAAUCAUUUUCAGCUUUAAUUUAUCUUUGAUAUUAAACAAAAUUGUAUUUUUGAAAUUAUGAAAAAAAAUGAGUUUUUUUUUAAAAGUGUUGUGCAGAUAUAAUUUUAAAUUUAAAUACUGUGAAUUCAAUGUCUUAAUUUGAU